CUCACACACAUACAUACACACACUCUCUCUUUUUUUCUCCAAACAAAAAUUGCACAAAAUUUCACAACCAAAAUAAAAAUAAAAAUGUUCAACUCUCUGUUCAGCAGUGGCGGGACUACGUACAGCGGGCCGAUUAUGGCGGACAAACAGCGGUGUCCACAAUGCGGCACAAGCAAACUGCGAGCACGCAGAGACGGACGAGUAAUGUGCCGCAACGGACACCAACAAGAAGGCAUGUUCGAGGAAGUAACCGAGGCCAUGAUCGACGGAAUAACCAGACGAAGGUUCAAAACAAUCAAACGCAUAGGCAGAAAGGAGAUGCAAAAAAGCAGACGACUGUACGGAAAUAACGCCCGGUUCCUUAUCCUUGAAUCCAUGCAGUUUAUAUUGAAGAAACAAGUCACGGCACUGGUGGAGAAUUUGGGCGCGCCCGAGGCCCUCCUGGGUGUGGCCAGGCACCUGUGGCUGCUGUAUGUGUCCAAGGUGAAGAACAUUUAUGUGUCCAGAGAUGCCAGCGAGGAAUUUUGGCAGAAGGGCGAAGAAGAGUAUGAGAAGGCUCGCGUGAAUAAAGCAGAGCAGCAUUCGGGCAGUGUAGCGGACACGCUGUAUAGCCAGCAGUACUCGCAGGCGAAGGGCCAGUCUCAGACCCAAACCGCAGAGAGCGGCUCUGACCACGACAUGGAGUACAUUGAAGACUCGCUGGAUGCAUUGCUUAAAAGAGUCGACGACAUCACCAGAGAGGAGCAAGAGAUGAUCGAGUGGGAGCGCAGGCGGGCCAAAAUUGCCGACCACGGCUUGCCGCGGAGCCAGUCUCCAGGCUCUGACGCCAGCGACGCGGAGGAAGCGACGGGCGCAGCAGAGGCAUCUGAACAGGCAGCGCUCAGCGCGACUGAGAACGAGCGUAAGCGGAUCGACUGGGCGCUGGUGGCACACAUUGAGGAGUUUAUGCACAUGGAGUACCUGCCAGCGCUGCUCUGGCUUUCCUUUGCCUGGCUGAAGCUGCCGCUGACGCACACUGACAUGUACUGGCUGAUGGCCGACGAGCAUGUCCCCUACGUGUCGGGGCACCAGUGGCUGCCCGAAUCCAUGACGUCGCGGAUGGGCAAGAACAUCAUCAACAUCUUUAUCGUUCCCUUUGCAGUCACACCCGUGCGCAUGCGGGCGUUGACCAGGGCUUUUCAGACGUUCUUUGACAAACACUGCGAAAUCAGCUUUACGCCGAUAGACAAUUGUGUUCUGCUCAGGUACCUUGUCUGCAGGCUGGGCAUCGCCAUGGAUGUGCAUGCCAUGGUCCUGCGGCUGUUGGAGUACCUCGAAGUGCAGCCGGAUGGCUCGGGCGCGUACCGGCGGCAGGUCGAUGUCAUUCUUAUGUCGGCCAUUGUUGUUGUGCUGAAGCUGCACUACGGGUUGGACGAGAUCGAGCGAGUGCACGAUCCGGAGAAUGGCGAAGAGCUUGGCGGCGGGCUGCCCCCGCUGGGCGACUUUCUGCGCAAGUGGCGGAGCGACUGGGAGCGCGAGCUCUCCGUAAGCUUCAUCCCUGAUCUGACAGCUCUUGGCGAGCGGUGGGAGCGGGAGUUCGCCGCGUACUGUAGGCGCAGGUUGGUGAGGCGCGGAAUCCCUACCCGCCGGGUCGCAUACAGGGAGGUUGCGACCAGGUACCGGCAGAUCGUGGAGGAACUGGCGGAGCAAAUCGGCGGCGAUCCUGAGGCCGCGCGGAGGCUGCUCCCGCCAGAGUAUGUGGCGGAGAAAAGCGGUGGCGGCGCCAAGGCCGCGGCCGUGGACGGCAUCGGGCAUAUCCGGAUGCCUGUGCUGGAGCCGGCUGGGGGCGUGGACGAGGCGUAUGAGAGCAUCGUCGAGCCGUUCGACAACCAUCCGGAGAUCCGGCUGCGGCGCGGCGAGAUGUACGCGGCCAUCCAGAGGAAGGACAAGUUCGGCAAUCUCCCCGGGUACACAGUGCCAGUGAUGGGCCUGGUGACUGCGCGCUGUGCGCUUGUGGCUGGGUGCCAGCAGUCCACACUUCUCUUCUACAUCUCACACCUCGAAUCGCGGCUGCGUGCCAGGGCCAGGAUGCAUAUGAAGGCAUGAAUA